AUGAUUAUACUCCAAGCGACGUUUCAGAAGAACUUGAACAACGUAUGUGUAUUUGGUAUGAGUGAUAAAAGCAGUAUCACUAACAGCCUUCCCAAUAGUCCUAUUCAUACUUCCACGUCGGCCAACAACAAUAACAACAGCAGCAUUAACGGAAAUAAUGGCUGCAAUAAGAGUCCAACUCUGCUCAAGAAUAGCAAUAGCAACAGCAGCACAGGCCUUAUCAACGGCAGCAACAACAAUGGACCACCAAGUCUGUGUAAUGCCAAUGGCAACAAUAACAACAACACAUGCAGUGCCAAUCGUAACGUUCUCGACAAUGAAUCACCAUGCUUCCGCAUGGAUGCCGACGUGCCGUUCGGCGAGAAGGAGCCCGACCCAGACAAUAUCAAAAUGUUUGUUGGGCAAGUGCCAAAAUCCAUGGAUGAAGCACAAUUGCGUGAAAUGUUUGAGGAGUAUGGUCCAGUACAUUCAAUAAAUGUACUGCGCGAUAAAGCGACUGGAAUCAGUAAAGGUUGUUGUUUUGUGACAUUUUAUACACGUCGCGCUGCCUUAAAAGCCCAAGAUGCUCUGCAUAAUGUAAAAACGUUAAACGGGAUGUAUCAUCCUAUUCAAAUGAAGCCAGCGGAUAGCGAAAAUCGAAAUGGUAAGUGCGGGCGAUAA